AUGUGUCGACGCCUGAAAGCCCAGAAGGAUUGGUCGCUUAUCACCGUCGCCGCGACCGAUCGCGCCUGGGUUUUUGUUAAUGGUUUUCAUGUCAUGGAUGUUUUGUCCAGAUCCCAGGUCGCCAAGAAGCGCUAUCCGUUGAAGAAGGGCGACGUCGUCGCUGUCAAGGCCAUGGAUACCGUUCUCAAAUCAGGAGACAAGAAAACUCUUCCGCACGAGUUUGGGUUUGUUGUCGAUGUCCACCACCGCGGCCGCCACAUCACCACGCGCCCGCGCAAAGGGCCGUGGAGGGUUACCGCUAUGUACAAGACCCCGGAUCCCGCCCAGCAAUUCGCGUUUAUGAAGAAGGGCUUCAACGAUUGUAUGUGGGACCUGCCGGUCGCCCCGAAGAAGCCCCCGAGGGUUCGCGCCACGCCGUUUCCGUAUUCGAGGGGCGCGCGAUAUGUUUGGGCCAGCAACGCCCAGCGCCCUUCCGCCAUUGUCUUUGCGCGACUUAUUAUCGAAGGUGACGAAAAGCGCUGCCAGAAGUUAAACGGCCAGGGGUCGGGAGGCGAUCUGAAAACAUGCGCCUGCCGAGAGGUACGGUCUGCGGAUGGUUCGGUAUGCCACUACUUCAUCGAUUUUCGAAAGAAGAUCUGCGACAGCCGAAGAUGCGAACCCAAGUAUGAGUGCACGAGCCAGGCCAAGGAUUCUCUCAUUUGCAUCAAAAGAUUUAUUACGCACCGUAUCGUGCCUAUUCACGGGACGGAGACAUGCAAGCUUGAACCGGAUGAGCACUACAUCUACGUUCCGUACCACAGGGAUUAG